AAGGAAGUUGUAUGAUGGUUGUUUGUUUACAUGCACAACAAAAUUCCUUCUUUUUAUCAUUUGAAAUUCUUUUUAUAAUAUAAUUAGGCUUGAAAAUGUAGCCGAGAAUUAUUUAACAGUUUUAUAAAAUGGGGUGCUGCUGCAGCUGUUCAUGCAGCAGUAGAAAACGUGUCUCUCCAGCACAACAUGAUGACAUAAAAAACCAAAUGAUAGAAAUCAGACCAAAGAGAAUACUUCGCAUACAGCACAUAAAUCCACGACAAAGAGAUAAAUUAUUAGAACAGGAGAUACAGACAUAUCUUCAAUAUCGUAAUCAGGGUUUAACUUCGACUGGUCCUAUGAGUGUACCCAAGAAACAAAGUGUAAAUAACAAUCCUCAAGGAGAAAAUAAAACAAAUUCCUCCCAAAAUCCACCUGGUGUGCCAUUGAUUGAUUAUAAAGCUCCUGACAAAUUAAAAGAAGAAAACUUCAACUCGUCCUUUUCAUCUGUUGAUGACAGAAAAACUCUAAUCUCAGCCUCUGGUAUUGAAGUGGGAAUGAAUGCUGCACCUAUUGGUGGCUCAAACGAAUCAAAUGUAACCAUCGAGAAGACUAGCUCAGAUUCAACAAAUACUAAAAAAACAACAACGUCCAACCCUGCUCCAGAAAAAGAUAAUAAUGCUGUGCUGUUUUUUAUUCACGGAGUUGGAGGUUCUUCCGAUAUUUGGUGUGCUCAAUUAGAUUACUUUGAAAAACUAGGUUAUGAAAUUGUUGCUCCAGAUUUGAUUGGGCAUGGAUUAAGUUGCGGUCCACGAGAGGCGAAACAUUAUCAUUUUGAUCAGAUGUGUGCUGACUUGGAGGAAGUGUUUGAUAGAUACUGUAAACGGAAAAAUGUUGUGAUUGGUCAUUCAUAUGGUUGUUCGUUUGCGGCCGUGCUAGCUAGACGUAGGAGUAGAAGAGUAACGAAGUUGAUCAUGAUAAGUGGUGGUGGUCCAACUCCGCUUGCACCUCAACCAGGUGUAUUCGCGCUACCUGUCUGUAUGCUAGCCUGUCUUAGACCUUGUGUUGAAUGUAAAUAUAAAAAGAGUGCCUUCAGUGGAAAACAGCCUGUUAUAAGACCAGAGGAGGCCUUUGCAGUACCAACUUAUGUGUUGAGUCACACGAUGAACGGCCAGGAUUGGGCAGAUGGGGAUGAGUUGUACCAUAAUUGGAUCACAUGUCCGACCUUGUUAAUCUACGGCGAGCUGGAUAAACUCAUCACGUUACAAGAGGAAGAAAAUAUGAAAGAUGCAUUAUGUGAUGUAGAAUUAGAGAUUAUUCGAGAUUCAAGUCACAUGGUGAUGAUUGAAGAUCCACAGAGAGUCAAUAAUCUGAUAUAUAAUUUCUUAUUAAAAAAUACAAGACUAGAGGGUACCUCACAUCUAUUCAACGAAGAAUUGGAACGAAGCAAAAGUCGUGCAUCAGUCAGAUCAACAAAAUCAGCUAAAAGCAUUCCAAAUUUAAAUCUGUAAAAGAACUUAAAAAUCAGCUAAAAGCAUACAAAAUUUAAGUCUAUAAAAGAACUUAAAAGAUCAGCUAAAAGCAUUCCAAAUUUAAAUCUAUGAAAAAACUAAAAGAUCAGCUAAAAGCAUUCCAAAUUUAAAUCUAUAAAAGAACUUCGUGCACGCGCUGUAUCAUAAAGUCUGUCAUUGAGUCAACUGGCGUGGUUUCGAAUCCCCGGUUGUACGUGACAAGGAGUAGGGUCGCCUGUCCAACCUCGUGGGUUUUCUCCGGGUCCUCCGGUUUCCUCCCACUGCUAAAGACCCCUACGCGCAAGCGAAUUAAUGAAAUAAAAUUAACCAUAUGUUUGUCCCAAAAUGACCUAGUUUGUGUUGAGUGGACGUUAAACCCCAUUUCUCUCUUUCUCUCUAUAAAAGAACUUAAAAUAUGCAAAAAGCAUUUUAAGUUUAAACCUAUAGAAGCACUCAAAGAUAGGAUUUAAGCUUUGAUAUUUAAAUCUAUCAAAGAACUAAAAAAUCAGCUAAAAGCAUUAAAUAUUUAAACAAAUUAAUUCUGAUCAAAUUGAAUUAUAUUUUAGUUCCGAAAUGACCUAGUUUCCAUUUUGGGCUACAAUUUUCUUUGUGACUCACUGUGAAUGAAUAUUUCCUGGGCACUAGAAUCUCUUUGUGACUCACUGUGAAUGAAUAUUUACUGAGCACUAGCACACUGUAUGGCGUAUGCCCGUCUUCAUUAGCCCAGUCGGAGCAGAACAGUAGGACGUUACACCCCAUUUCAUUUCAUUUUUUGUAAUGUAACAGUUUGCUUUUAGCUUGGAUCUGAUUGCCUCAAUUCACAAGAUUGUAAGAUGCAUGCUUUUUACCAUGACAAAAAUAAUAUUACGAAUGCUACUGAAUUAGCACGAAUUGUUAACAUAGAUUUAAUUCGUAGACAUGUAUUUUUGUAGGAAAGCAUGUUUCGUCUGUUGCAAUCUGGUUAAAACACAGAUCCUAUAUCGUUUCGCUUUUAUAGUUCAAAAUUUUGUUUUACUUGUCUUUACUACACUAGGAUCUGGAAGAGUUGUUAUCAUUGACAUUUUCUGAAUGGUGUGGGAGAUUAGCCAAUGAAACGGUCUGUUACAGCAUUCUUUAGGCUUGUUUGGCAUGGACUGUGGGUAAUCCACUUUGCCUGUUGUUCAAUCCAUUUCAGUUUAUUGAAUAAAAUAUUGUUUAAACUAAUCCACUAGUAACAUGAAUGUUGAUUGGUUAAACAUACAUUAUGCAAGAGCAAAAUCUGCUUAUUACAAGUCUUUCUUUAGGCCUGAAAUGUUAUCUAAAUUAUCAAUUAGACAUUAAUUAACUUAUCCAGACCAUAAUAAACUCUUGAUGUCAAGGCUAGCCUUCGAUGCUGGCUGGAUUAGAUUCCUAUAUGCCACUAACGGCCGUUGAUAAUUAAAUCAGAAAAAAUGGAUAAUCGAGACUAUGCUGUUUAUAUUAAUGAUUUUAGUAAUAAUGACCGAGACUAUGCAAAAAUUUCAACCGCUUUUUUCUCGGCUCAUAGUGGAUCAAUUUGACUGAAAUUUUCAGCAAAUUACCUUUACACUAUCUAGUUUUUAACUAUUAUAGCGAGAACUGCCAUCUUUUUAUCUUAUCUCCCAUAAUGUAUCUUUAAUCAAAUGCCUGACGUCAUAGGGUCAAAAGCCGCUCGUAUGACCGCUGACGCGAGCUACCGGUCAGAUCUUCAUGUAGUGUAGGCCAUCGAAAGUAUAAAGAAACAAAACAAAAUAUAGAUCUGUAUUUUAGUCAAAUUGGGUCUGUUGCCAUUCAAAUUGUAUUAUUUUAGUAUCCCCUUUAAAGAAAGUUUAUAAAUUAUAUUUUUACACUUUUAAACAGGUAUCAAUUUUUAUGUGAAGUCACAAGGAACAAUUUUUUUUAUAUACAUGUAUCCCCCAGUCUAUCCGUCCAAUGUUCACAUUCGUUUUUAUAAUGCGGGGUUGGGUGGUCGAAUGAUUUAACAUGUGCGCUUUAAGUUUUAAAAUCGGUGAUUGGAUAAGUGGCGUUUCGAUUUCCCCUUUGUACGUGACAUGGAGCAGGAUCGUCUGUCCAACGUCACGUUUUCUCCAGGUCCUUUGGUUUCAGAGAGAAGGAUGACAUCCAUGUGACUUAAUGAGCCACAAAUAUUAACUUUUUUCCUCCAACAAAUUAAAUUCUAAAACUUUUUUUUUGUAUUAGAAAAAUAAAUAAAGAUGUUUGAAGUAUUUGUAGGUAAAAUUUAUUUCCUAUUUAGUGUAAAUGGGUAUUAAAGAGUAAAAGGCUCCAUUCCACCUGAUCAAGUAUGGUCUUGUGUAAACAAUGCACGCGCCAUUGAGCCAAUGAUUGACGCCGCGUGAUGAAAGGUAGUCAUCUUUUACAGAGAUAUUAGAAGACUUUCGUAAUCCUCUGUGAAACAGAUUUGCAUACUUUUCCUGUUUUAACUGAUAACUGUUUGGAAGACUUAGUUGUCUGUGGGUGUGUUUUGUUGCCUGUCAAUCCAUGUUAUUGUUAAAAAGAUAAUCAUCUCUAUAGAUAAUGCCAUUUUGUUAGAUUUUAAGAUUUAUCCUGUUGAAUUGUGUGUGAAAGUUUGUAAUUUAUUUGUGUGUGAUGAUGAUGUCACUUUUUGAAAUAUAUUUUACACUUAUUACAA